AUGUAUGUCUGUUUGUCUAUCUAUCUAUCUAUCUAUCUAUCUAUCGAUCUAAAAUCCAUAUAUUCUUUUUCGUUUCUUUCUCUCAACUUCUCUCUCCACUCAAUUUCUCUUCCUUUCUUUCUUUUCCUCUCUCUCUCUCACUCUCUCUCCCUUUCUUUCUUUCCCUCUCUCUCACUAUAUCUUUCUCUCUCAUUCUUUCUUUCUUUUUCUUUCAUUCCUUUCUUUCUCUCAGAAUUCAUUCUCUCCCUUUUUGUUUUUUCCUCCCCAGUCAUUCUUUCUUUCUCUUUCCUUAUUGUAUCUCCAUCUCUCUCUUUCUCUCUUCUUUCUCUCUCUUCUCUCUCCGUUCAUCUCCUUUUUUUUCCUCCUUUUUCAUUCCUCAUCCGAAAAAUAUUUUCUUCUAACUAUGGUCUCUUUAUUAUUGGAAUCUAUCUAUCUAUCUAUCUUCUAUCUAUCUAUCAUAAAGGUCUAAAUAAAAAAUUAAAUUAUACAACGUUAAUAAAUCCUUAUCUUUCUAUCCCGGUCUAUUCAUAUCUAUCUAUCUAUCUAUCUAUCUAUCUAUCUAUCUUCAUGUCUGUCUUUCUACAUAUUCAUCUAUCCCACUCUGUCUGA